GUGAUGCGGCCCCUGUUAGCAGCACAGGGCCCCUUGCUGCUCCAGCUCUUCCAGCUCUGGGGGCUCUUGGUGUCCCUCCGCCAAGUCCAAGGAACCGGAACAAACGACAAAGAGCCUGCAGACUCCAACAUUCCCUGGGUAGAGGAGUACAUCCAGUGGCUGCAAUUCACGGCUCAAGGCUUUCGCGAUGCAACAAGCCUGGAGUGCUGGUUGGGGGCAAGGACGGCCAACUCCUUAACGGCACUGGUGGGGCCCUGCGUGCCACUGGCACUGCUGGCACUCUGCAUGGUGCCAGAAGUGGUUUCUCAUGGAACCGGUGUCAGCAUGGCUCUGAAGCUGCUCACGCUGCUGUACAUCGGGGGCGCGUCCAACUGCGCAGCACUCAUGCGCUGCCAAAAUGUCGACGGAGGGAGAGAACCACUGGGAGAUUUCGCUUUCCGGGCGGUGCUGCCCGACCUCAAGUGCCAGGACCCUGCCCCACUAGCAGAUGGCAUCGCCUGGAUCUGCGCUUUUUGCUACGGGCUGCUGAUCCCCGGCUUCCUGGCAUACCUGAUGUUCAAACAGCACAUGGCCUUGGCUCCAAGCCGUCGUUUCCUCACUCCGGCAAAGAGCGUCGGAGGCGUCAUUGAGGUUUGGGUCUUGCCCGUUGAGGAGUCCGAAUCCUUGCAGGGGCAGGAUGCGAAUGACGAGAUGAAGACAAGGAGCCUUCUGGCAGCAGCGGUGGCCCAUAUAUGCAUCUGCUUCACCGGCAGUGUGCGGGUGGAGCUGCGUGACGAACGUCUGAUCCUGAAGUCGGGGCAAGAAAAACAUGAGCCAGAACGUCUGGACUUGGAUGCUAGCAGUCUCGUUUGGAAGGCCUUGCAGAGCAAGAGCGAUGCAGAUCUUCGGCGCUGCCAGGCUCUUGCGAGGAUGCUGAUGGAGCGGUACGUACUCGAAGAUGUCGCAAGCUCCGACCGAGUUGUGGCAGGUGCAAAGGAGCUCUUCGUGAAAUAUGCGGCGUGUCAAAACGUCUGGUUCGAGAUAGCCAUGAGGAUCGUCGCAGUGGCCUUGGUUGCCGUUAUUGGGAGUGAGAACGGCCUGGAGUUCGUCCUGGGAUUCACGUUGUGCACUGCAAUUGCUGUUGGCACCUUCCGACCCUUCAGGCAGCACCAGGUGAACGAUCUGCAGUGCGUCUGCUUCUUGUGUCUGGCCAUAGCUGCAACCGGCUUCUCAAAAGGCUGGUUGUUGACGCCCCGCAUAGCCCUGGGGGUGCCUUGCGUCGUGGCAUUCAUCCAGGCAUUCUGGCCAGAUGGUCGCGAAGCGCUAGCUGUGCGCCUCUUCAAGGAUGCAGAGACACGGUGGUCGGCACUACAGCGGGGCGAAACUGUGGAGUUCUCGUUGCAGAGCAUCACACUCCUGUGA